UUUUUUGAAUUGAAUGGAAUUUGAAUAACUACUUCAGGCUUUCAAGCCUGCAGCUAAUUUUCUCCAGAAGGAAGCCGCUUCAAAAAGAUCUUCCCACACUUUCUAGAAACAGACCCUCAAAUUAAGCAUAUCCAUUUCCAACAGAAGGCACUUUAAGCAUGCAUGUCUCCAUCUCAAAAGGCCAUGUUUCUGUUCCUUGUGACAGAGCUGGAGGCCAAACCUGUGAAGGGCUCUGAAGAGGAGCCGAGCAUCUACGUCCGCCUGGGCUGCCUCUCCACAAAGCUCCGCAGGAGAGCCUACGCCAGAGCCGUGGCCAGGAUACGGGACGGCAAGCAGCGCAGCAUGGGGAUCAUUUCUGAGCUCAACUCCACCAUGGAUGUGAUCCAAUACGGCAAGAACAUCCACAGUGCCAAACAGAUGGUGACAUGGAAGUCUGGUAGUCCAACUGAGCAGAACGGUCACCCAGCAGAGGUGAUCGAGUCUCGUACCUUAAACCUGGCCCGCUCCCUCACUCAGCAGCUCCAGACCACCUGCCUGGUCCUAGUCUCUGGCCUGCAGGGACUUCCCAACCACAUCCAGCAGGAGGCGCUGUCCUUCAGCCACUCAGCAGCACAGGUGUACUUCAGUUUCAGCAAAGCGAAGGUGCUGAGAGACCUGCCUGACAGCGUGCUAUCCAGCAGCAGAGUCCAGCUGGGAAGGAUGAAGGACUCCCUGGACCAUGUCAUGGAUUACCUGGUCAACAACACGCCGCUCAACUGGCUGGUGGGUCCUUUUUACCCUCGGAUGGUUUCAUCUGCAGGCAGCAGCUCUCAUCCAUCAUCAUCAAGCCCCGCCUCCACUCAGAUCCCCAGGGAAGAACCCAUGGAGGUGGAGACUGAGUUGCUCUGUUUACCGUCCUCAACAAAUUUAGAUUCAGAGCUUCACUAAAUGCUCCACAGUACUGAAGUGCUGGGUUCUUCUGUUCUCAGAGUUUGUGUUGAUGUGAUUUUUAAAAUCACAAUGUACCGUUUGAUAACUUCUGUUUCUCUAUAAAGUCGAUUGAAAUCAUGAA